GAUGUCACCAGUCGAGCAGGAGGCGUCCAAUCAGCGUUCAGCAGGAUCCAGCGAUGAAGGUGAAGUCACACCUGUGAUCCAGGACGAGGACAGAGUGAAGGAGUCACCUGGAAACACAGCAGACCAAUCAGUCGACCAAUCAGAUCCGCCGCAGCCCAACGUCGCCGCUAACGGCCUGUUCAGCAUUUCCCAUAAUUCAUUGCGGGUCGCUCACAAGUGUCCUCAGUGUCAGAAGUGCUUCAUCUACCGCUCGCAGGUGAUCCGCCACCUGAGGACCAAUAAGUCUUGUGGUUCUGCGUUGACGACGUCGGGACCUCCGACCCUGCAGAGUCCGGAGCAGGAGCCCCGCCCCCCCCAGCCCGGCCCCCCCCAGCCCGACCCCCCCCAGCCCGGCCCCCCCCAGCCCGACCCCCCCCAGCCCGGCCCCUCCCAGCCCGACCCCCCCCAGCCCCGCCCCCCCAGGUCCUACUCCUGCUUCCAGUGCAGCGCCGGCUUCAGGACCAAAGCGGAGCUGCUGACCCACCAGCGGUCCCACCGGGCCCGGCCGGUCUACCGGUGCUCCCAGUGCGACAAGGAGUUCCAGCACCUGUCCAGUCUGACCAAUCACAGGCAGACCCACCUGGACCGGGAGGGGUUCACCUGCGGCCGCUGCGACAAGGUGUUCCAGUCCGCCGGAGACCGGGACGCCCACCGGCUGCAGCACCGGGUCCCGGACCUGAGCUGCACCGUGUGCCGGCAGACCUUCAGCUCCCAGACGCUGCUGCUGAGACACCUGCAGACCCACUCGGUGGAGGGGGACCAGCCCGCCUAUAACUGCCGCUACUGUGACCAGACCUUCUCAGGAGUGACUCAGCUUCGUAUCCACCAGCGUUCUCACACCUCCCGCUGCUACCAGUGUGAUUUGUGCAGUAAGACGUACGGCUCAGUGACGGGUCUGAACGCUCACCGCGCCGCCCACCAGAGCGAGAGCCGCUUCCUGUGUCCUCAGUGUGGCAAACGCUUCAAGACCCGGGACGGCCUGGAGGGUCACCUGAGGAGACACACGGGGGAGAGACCCUACCGCUGCCCCUACUGCCCCAAAGACUUCACCGCGCUCGCCGGCCUCAACGUGCACGUGAGGCGGCACACGGGGGAGCGGCCGUACGUGUGCACGGUGUGUGGGAAGGGGUGGCCGUCCGGAGGAGACCUGCAGAAACACAUGAGGACCCACACGGGGGAGAGACCCUACACCUGUCAGGACUGCGGCAAAGCUUUCUCCAUUUCCUGUCACCUGACCGAGCACCGCAGGAUUCACACCGGUGAGAAGCCGUUCUCGUGUCCAGAGUGUGGUAAAUGUUUGAGGAGGAAGUUUGAUCUGAACAAACACAUGUUGUCUCAUAGCAACAUCCGCCCGUACGCCUGCGUCUACUGCCCCAAGAGCUACACCCGCAAGACUCACCUCAACAGACACCUGCUCACCCACCGGGGCAGCGAGCCCGCCAUGCAGACAGGAAGUGACGCCUCAUGA